AACUGGAGGUAGUACGAUUUCUGCCCCGCGACAGCUCCCAGUUCUCUUAGACCUAGCGACGAUCUGGCCGCCCGCUUCUCCCGGCUCCGUCCCCCCGGCUUCCCCAAGGAAAGGAAAGAGGGCAGAGCCAUGGCCAUGGCGGCGCUGCGUGAGGCCUCCCGCCGCCUGGCCUCCACCUCCACGAGGAGCCCUGCCGGCGCCACCACGCGUCCGCUGCUCCUCACGCACUCUCGCGGUAUCACACACAAGCUCUUCAUCGGAGGUUUGUCACAAUUUGCAACGGAAGACAGCCUAGCAGAAGCUUUCACGCGUUAUGGCCAAGUAUUAGAAGCAACCAUUGUCACGGAUAAGAUGACCAGCCGAUCAAAAGGAUUCGGCUUUGUGAAAUUUGCCUCCGAGGAAGAGGCCAAUAAAGCACGGGAAGAGAUGAACAGCAAGGUACUUAAUGGGCGAGUUAUAUAUGUCGACAUUGCAAAGGCUAAACAGGACCGUGCCGCAGACGUAGUUCCAAUAGCAAGAGGCCCUCCUAAGCCAGUCGGCAACACCUGAAAAAAUGCGUGUUGUGCUGAUGCUUGUAGCUUCAAAAAUAAUAUAAAUAAAGUAGAUUGCGAUGCUCUUAGAGAAAAGCCGAUGUGUAAUUAUGCUGAAUUUUAUGUUUUGCAAGAACAUAAUUUUUUAAUGUAAUCGACGCGUAAUAUUGUGCUGAAUUUUAUGUUCUGCAAGAACAACACAUCCAAGGGCAUAUCAGAUGAUGUUCCUGUUCUUUAAA